AUGGAAAUGUUACGAUUGCUCCUACUCGGAUCUGCGGCUCUGGCUCCAGUGGCUGCAGGCGUUGGUUUGAGGCCCGAUAUUGGGCAGCUGGGCAAGGCACUCGAUGCCCACUACGAGCCGAACAAACUGUGGCAGAGAGCGAAUCCUCCGGCCGACGAUGGCAAAGAUCUUGUUUUCGAAACUAUCGUGCACUAUUGCUGCGAGCGGGAGCAAGAUUGCCCUACGGAGGGUGAUAUCCGACUGACUAUUGAGACGCUCAACGAGUACUUUUCCAGAGCCAAGAUCCGCUUCGAGUUCCAAAAGGCGGUGCAUCAGAGCGACUGUGGACUUGACCCAGCGAACCACGACCAGGACGCCAUAGACCGACUGAUGGCCAGAGUGCGUGAGGGCGGCCUGGAUGUCUACAACAUCAUGAUCAGGGCCGGACCUGAAGCUGAAAGGAUUGGAGGAACCUGCUACACACCAACUCCUGGAAGUGCCAGAAGAUUGGGGAACUUUAUGGAGAUCGGGAUCCCGAUGGGCAAGCACCUCUUCUGGAGCUGCGAGCAGAUUCGCAUUUUGCGCCAAUGGGGCAACAUCCGGAAACACGGACAGGAGGACGGCUUCGGCAUCACCCACGACGCUGCGGAUCCUCCUCCUAGAGGUCCCGCCGGCACGUACUGCCCCGGAGCUGGUGGUUCCGAUGGCGGCGCUGGUGGUUCCGGUGGCGACGCUGGGAACACAGAUGGGCAAUCGUCCGGCGAGGGCGGCGGCGCGCCGGCGAGCGGGAGCCCCCCGGGCGGUGCUGGGUGCAAGAACCCGGAUUUCAAGAUACCCCCUCCUCCUGCCGGCUACGGCUCCUGGUGCGGAAUCCCCGAGGAUGCUUGGGAACAGUUCAAGACGCCCCGGGCGGAGGGGAACAAGGCGUUCCUGGGGGUGAUUCGCCUCCCGCGCCUGGCGGAGGGCAGCAGGGCGGAGGGCAGCAAGGUGCUCCUGGGGGUGAUUCACCUCCCGCGCCUGAUGGAGGACAGCAAGAUGCCCCGGGUGGAGGGCAGCGAGGUGUUCCUGGCAGUAGUCCGCCUCCCGCGCCAGGCGAUGGGCAGCAAGGCGUCCCAUUCCAGGACGGUCAGAAUGGCCUGCGUGGCUCAGCAAAGCCGGUACGGAUACUGA